UGAAACUAGGACUUCCUACAAUCCGGCAAGCACCAGUUCCACCCUAACGGCCCCACCACCACACCCAACCUCCCUCUCUCCUUCGAUUUGGUAUAAAUUCUCCACCAAUCUCGGUGAAAAACCCACAAACAUUCUCCCAUUUCUACUAAUCUCCAUAAUUUACACUCUUCUCCGAUUGCUUCAUCCGCCGCCUUCCGCCACCACUUUCUUUAUCAAUCUCCUCUUAUAUAAACCACCCAUCCAUCCAUCGGCAUCAACAUACAGGUGGAGGAAUAAUUAAUGCUGUUGAGGAUGAAAAUGGUUGUAUUUUUAGCAUUAGGGAUGAUGCUUUUCUUCCAUGGAUGUUCUGCUGCUGAGAUUAACAGAAAAAGCUUUCCAAAUGGUUUUGUUUUUGGAACCGCAUCUUCUGCUUAUCAGUAUGAAGGAGCUGUGAAGGAAGAUGGAAGGGGUCCAGCUAUUUGGGACAAAUUUGCUCAUACAUUUGGUAAAGUAACUGAUUUCAGUAAUGCUGACGUUGCAGUUGAUCAAUACCACUUAUAUGAGGGUGACAUACAAUUGAUGAAGGAUAUGGGCAUGGAUGCUUAUAGAUUCUCAAUUUCAUGGCCAAGAAUUUUUCCUAAUGGUAGUGGUGCAAUCAACCAAGCUGGAAUUGAUCACUACAACACUCUUGUCAACUCUUUAUUAGCCCACGGAAUCGAACCAUACGUGACCCUCUACCAUUGGGACCUUCCUGAAGCUUUGGCAGACAGAUACAAUGGAUGGCUCGACCCUCGAAUCAUUAAUGAUUUUGCGACGUAUGCGGAGACGUGUUUUGAGAAAUUUGGGGAUCGGGUGAAGAAUUGGAUGACGUUUAACGAACCUCAUACUUUUACAGUUCAAGGGUAUGAUGUAGGGCUUCAAGCACCUGGUCGUUGCUCCAUUCUUCUUCGAUUGCUUUGUAGGGCUGGAAACUCGGCGACUGAACCCUACAUUGUUGCUCAUAAUGUUCUUCUUUCACACGCAGCUGCAUUUGAUGUCUACAAAAGAAAAUACAAGGCAAAGCAAAAUGGGCGCAUCGGGGUCGCAUUUGAUGUCAUGUGGUACGUGCCGGGUUCAAAUAAAACCGAGGAUAUUGAUGCAACCCAACGAGCACAAGAUUUCCAAUUGGGAUGGUUCCUUGAUCCUAUAAUGUUUGGAGAUUACCCGAGCUCAAUGAGGACUAGAGUAGGAGACCGCCUACCAAGAUUUUCUAAACUUCAAUCGUAUCUCCUCAAGGGUUCGAUAGAUUUUGUUGGAAUAAAUCACUACACAACUUGGUAUGCGUGGCAUAACUCCACUAGCAUCAUUGGUGUUUUGCUCAAUGACUCUCUUGCGGAUUCGGGUUCCCUUACACUUCCUUGGAAAGACGGGAAAGCCAUGGGCGAUCGGGCAAAUUCUAUAUGGUUAUACAUAGUGCCAGAAGGGUUAAGAAGCUUACUGAAUUACGUCAAGAACAAAUAUGGGAAUCCUCUAGUCAUUAUCACUGAAAAUGGGAUGGAUGACGCAAACAGCCCAUUUAUCUCUCUCAAGAAUGCAUUAAAAGAUGACAAAAGGGUGAAAUACCAUAACGACUAUCUCACAAACUUGCUAGCUGCCAUUAAGGAAGAUGGGUGUAAUGUGAAGGGGUAUUUUGCAUGGUCUCUAUUGGACAAUUGGGAAUGGGCUGCUGGAUACAGUUCAAGAUUUGGACUUUAUUUUGUUGAUUAUAAUGACAAGUUGAAAAGAUAUGCGAAAGAUUCUGCUAUUUGGUUCAAGAAUUUCUUGACUUCUGGUUAGAAGAUUAAGAUUCUUUCAUGUUCACAACAUGAAUGUUAUGAAUAUGAGAUUCGAAAAUGAAAAAGAAAAAAAAAAUGUAUGAAGCAAUUGUUUUGGAUUUGUUGUAUACAGGUAGGAAAAUGAGCACAUAUAUGCAUAAUUUAUAGACAUUGGACUGAUGAAGCAAGUAUAUUAUUGAUUGUGCAAUCAAACACUGUUUGGUUUA